AUGCUGUUGGUUUCGCUGUUCAGCCUGUUCUCCGUGGGUUUCGGAAUGCGGAUCGCGCGUCGGGAUCUCGAUGAUGUGCCGACGACGUUGCUUCUCGAGCUUGGUCCCCUCGCCGUCGUUCCUUCCGACGACGACUUUCUGCUUCUGCCCGCCGACGUGUCCCGCGACAAACGAGGUGUCGAUCCGUUGAGCAUCCCUCGACUCAUCAAAGAGCCGCCACUGAAGAAGCGGAGUGACUUCAAGCGGGGCGACGUCGUCUAUCCUUCGGCCGCCAAGCAGACGGUUCCGUUGGUCCGCGUGCGGGAGCCACCACUCAAGAGAGGACAGUGUAAGUGGAGAGGCAAGAAAGAGACAAUAUCAGUUGAAUGGUUUCAGUGUUCCUCGAAGAGAUACUCCAGUUCAAUGAGGCCAACCGACAAUUUAUGAACCCUAUGCGGAGGAUACGGUAUGUUCCAGGUUCCCAUCCCAAUUCAACUGUAUUUCUUUGAAGGUAUGGCACGAACCGGCACAUCUACUCGUGGUAG